CUGUUUUAUAUACCGUCAGCCGCUCCGCCGCUCAGAAAAAUGCGUGCUUGGUGAAUCGGCAUCGCCUUUUGACGAGGGUUCUCCCCGCGCGCUGGAUGCGUGCGUCUUCAAUCGGCUCUAAUGUGUGAAUAUGCAACAGUCCUCUGCAUGACUGUUAAUCAUGUAUCAUACGCGAUUACUCAUCAUUAACAGAGUCUAAGAGUAAAUGAGACCCGAUCGCUAAAUGCGUAUCACUUUGUACCAUAAAAGUAGCCCAGAUCUGAUUUUGCGGAAUCGGUUUUCGUUUUAACGUCGAUCUUUUGUGUUAACGAAUGCUUUGUCUUUUUAGAUCCGCUCAGAUCCUCGAUCUAGAACCUUCGAAUCUUCUUAUUCUAGAAUCCCUCCGGGUCUCGGAAAGCCAAGCACCUGCAAUUCUGAACCCCAUGUCAUCGGUCUUCAAUUCAAAAGUCAGUUAUGAAUGGUCUACAUAUAUAACCGACACGAUAUAUUGCGCGUAUAUAAUUGAGAAUUCUUGUGAAUUCUUGCGUCGUCUUACAGAUACUUUGCUUAACAUUUCAGGUUUGUAAUACGUCCACCAAGUUCCGUCUCAUUUCCACGAUUUGGGAUUCCGCGCUGUACCGGCGCCGUCUGACGUACGAAUUUGCGGAAUUGCGCCUCUGAACUUGGGGAAGGCCCUUUCCCAUUGUCUCUAUUGAUUUAUAUGCGACAUUCGUCGCGAACGCUUACCCGCUUCGCUCGCAUAUUCCGCGCACGUGAGAAUAUCGUUCGUAAGAAAUGCGAGUGGACGUACGAGAGAUGCCGAUUCCACUGUAAUUACUCAUUUGCUCGAUCGCUGCAUCUCAUGCGAAUGCAGAAAUUACUUUAAUGUGAGAGCUUAUGAGCUCGACAAAUAUUUCUUCGAAAAUGAGCUGGCGAACGUUGUCUGAUGUACUCAAGAUCUCGUUGCUGCGAAUGUGGUCGGACGCCGCUUCUCAUUGGGAUUUACAGACAUACCGCGUUAAAUCGUCUAAAUAUUUUGGCUACUGCAGGCUUCAUCGAAACUGCUCCGUGCAACAGACUGCAUCACGUGCGUCAGUUCCGCUCUGCUCUACUUGCAGAAACUUCGUUCACUUGUCUUCGUGUUUCUCGAAGCAUCCUUGAAUGUCAAAUUGCGGCAGCGUUGACGACAAAGACAGCUGCGAGUCUUUUCGUCGACCCAGUCUCUCGAUCAAGAUGCAACGUAGCUUGAGGAAAAUGAGAGAGAAUCUCCAAAAAAUUACCGAUAGCGUUCAGGAGGACGACAAGCAAUCGCUAUACAACUUCUCGGAGGAGCUGUCCACCCUGACCUGGCGCACAGGUUUCUCCAAGGACGAGAUUCGUAAGCUGUAUCGUGCUUUUAAGCAGUUCUGUCCUCGAGGUUGUGCGACGACUGGCGAUUUGAAACCCGCAUACGCCAAACUGUUCCCGUUGGGCGACCCAACCAGAUACACGCAAAUCGUCUUCCACAGUUUCGAUAAGGACGGCGACGGCUUCGUCAGCUUCAGCGAUCUUCUGGAUGCCACAGCAUCGAUCGUGAACGGCACUGUCGACCAGAAGCUCUCUUGGAUAUUCGGAUUCUACGAUUUGGAUGGAGACGGUUGCAUCACGAAACGAGAGAUGUUGGUUAUAAUAUCCGCGAUUUAUGAGAUGGUGCAGGACGCGCGGACUAUCCGGCCCGCAGUUAACAUCCAAGUGGACAAGUUCUUCAAGAAGAUGGACGCAGACAGAGACGGAAUAGUCACCAGGGAGGAAUUCAUGAGCGGUUGUAAAAAUGAUACCAUUAUAAACAACCAACUGAGUUUAUUUAAUAAGAUUUGGUGACGGAAUGAAAAUGUUCUUAAGAGAUUAACGAGCAAUUUAUCCAC